UAUGGUUUUAAACAUCACCGAAUCCCACGGCGGAAUCCUUUCGAAUCUGAAAACGUCAUCAGGAAUUCAGGAAUCCUAAUUCAGAACCCGAAUGUUUACGGCCGUGUUAGAUAACCUUAAAAAUUAAACUUACGUAACCAUUGACAACUGCCAACCUACCUACGGGACGAUACAAUACAAAUACAAUACCCACAAACAACCACACUGAGUUUACCUUUAUUAAAUAGAAUAAGGAAAGAGCAGAACAGAGUUAACUAUUAUUAGCUGUUCGUAUUAAUCGGCGAUGGUCGUUAGUGUAUCCAAUUUGUUGAGAUUUUGCAAACACAAUCAAGUCGUAUUUCGUAAUUUUUCAAUUACUAUGGCAAACAUGGAAAAAGCUUUAGAGGAUUUACAAAAAAAUCCGUACUUUGAUAAAUAUGCCGAUAGAAUUGCUGCCCUUCAAAAAACAUCUCCUGAAGAAUUUCUGCAGCGCGUGGAGCAGCAGCAAAAAAUCAAGAAAGAGGAACAAAAGAGAAAGUUUGCUUCUGUUGAUACCAGACAAUUCUCAUCAGUUCUGAACCCAAAGAGCCCCAUCCAAAGCACCUCAUCACCAGAACAAAAAAAGCUUAGUGACAUAUUCAAAAUAGAUUUAGUGGUUGAUAAGGAAGCAUCUGAGAUACAAACUAUUUGGGAAGAGUACCACAAGAAUAAAGAGGUGAUAUCAGCAACUGUCCCGCAGAGAGUGUAUGUGACCCUGCAGCAGCAUAUGGUGCAGUAUCCCACAUUUCUGUUUCCAUUGCCGCGCUCCCAGGGCUAUGAGUUCAUCAUGUGUCAGAACCAUGGGCACACUGUCCACUUUACACCUUUGCUUGCUUACCAGGUUCAUAAAGAAAAUGCUCCAGAAUGUUUAACAAUGGUGCACUAUACAGAACUGGAAAAUAAAGGAAUAGUGCUCAUGAGAGGAGAAUAUGACAAGAAUGUGCUCAAUGGUCAAGAAGCUCAAUGUUUGGCAAACCAGUUCCAAAUGUACUACAGUGGCCACGAAGAAAAGAAACUAAAACUGUUGCAAAAUUUCACUCAAAACCCAGAAACUUUCAAACAUAUGAAUUUGAUAUCACAGUUAGAAAAUAUUGGACUAUGAAUUAAUGUGUCUUGUGGAAUAAUACAUAAAAAUAUUUAAUAUGUGAUUUUAGAAUGUCUUUGUAGUUUACAAUACUUCCUGGAAUAAAAUAGUUUGGAUUACUUUGCAACAUUGAAAUUAACAUGUUUUAAUUUAUUUAUAAUAAAUGAUAUGAGAAGUG